AGACACCUCGUUCAAAGAAGCUGUAUUUGAUUCUAAUCAUCAAUGGAAUCUCGGUCAUAUUGCUCUCUGUACCGACAGCUAUGAUUGUGCUAAGCAGAUAUGAAUUGUUGAGUAUUCCUUCAUUUUUGGGAGGUGUUCUCUACUGCUUUUCUACAAUUCAUUCUGGACUACAGUUUUUGGCCUACCUGAUUUUACCUCAAUUCCGGAAAAAACUGCGAUUUCGCGGAAUGACUGAAGUGUCUCGAACAGUUCAACUGCAAGUAUCGUCAAGUCGUAUGUAUAAGCCGACGGCAAUCUUGCUAGUAACUCAUAAGUAAAUUUUCC